GGCAGCAUUGCUUAAAAAGGACAGAAGUUUAACAAGACUUGUAAUAAGUGUUAAUUUGCAUGCAUUUGCAAAAUGAUCUCUCUCAGUGUCAGGAGGUUUAACUGCACUGUUACCUGCUACUCAAAGCUCUGCAGGGAUAAGAUCAGGCUGAAUUAUAUGCUUGUUCCUGCUGUUGAAUGAGUGCAUACUGUGAUAUUGCCUGGCAGCAAGCCUGUCUAAUAAUCCCUUCAAGGUAAAAUAACCUCACUGAGGUUUGGAGAAAACAAGGCAGCAUAUUAAUUAACAGGGGCUUCAGGUUGCUGCAGCCUUGAGCAAACUCUGUCCAAGGUGUACGCCAGGUUUGAACAGGACAAACAUGAAAGGUAAACAAUACACCUGUUGCUUUUUUGUUAAAGGGCUGUCCAUAAUGCGCAGGAUCGAGGCCACACCUAGACCAGAGUUGAAGGGUAGAUGGAGCACUCUUCAGAUUCAUGCCAGCACAUGUCCAACUGAAGGAUUUAAUGAAGGUGCAUGAGAGAAAGGGAGCAAAAGAAGGAGAAUAAAGGAUGAAUAUGGAUCCAGAUCCUGGUGUCACAGAGCUGGAUUCACCUGCUGACGAUCCAGAUCGUCAGAUCGAGGAGCAUGGCUCUGAUUCGAUGCUGCUUUUGGUUCCCACCGGGAGGCGUCUGAUCUCUGGCCUGCUGGGUCUAAACGUGGUGCUGCUGGGAGCUGCUCUGGUGGUUGGGCAUGCUUUAAACCCUGUAGGAUUGAACAACCAGGAGUCGCGGGUGUUCAUGCUGCUGCUGAUGGGGGUUAGCAUGCUCUGGAUGCUGUGGUACCUGCUGUGGGCUCGGAGACAGCCAGGCUUCUCCCCACACAAGGACCACCACGCUGGAGGAGGCCCUGUCACCUUUGUCGUCCAUGUUUUUGCUGUCUUCAGUCUGCUGCUGUACAUCUGCAAGAUCGGAUAUUUCAUCAGCAUGAGGGAAUGUAAACCUGCUGCUAAAGUGCUCUCUCCUUUCAUCGAGGCUCCUUUUCUCGCUCUGCAGGUAUUAAUAUAUCCACCAUCAGCUUUGUUCUCUUACACAAUGAUAUGCCAAGUUAACCGCUCCAAAGACUGCAUGCAUACACACAAGAUAAUGACCAGGAUCGGUCUGAUGUUGAUUCUCUCGGCAGACCUGCUGCUGUGGCUGAACGCAGUGACGGAGGAAACCAUUCAUGAGGAGAUUGAGGCAGAAGAAGAAGGCAGUCUUCUUUUCCAAAGCAAAAACUCAUCAGAGGUAGACACCUCUGAUUUAGAAGGAGCUGCAAAUUCAACCUUUUGCCACUGCAGAGGGACUGCAGGCUGCCUCGCCUUCAGGAAAGCCAUUGAAGUCCUUCAUCCCUUCCACAUGGAGUACUAUUUGAUGGCGGGCUGCAUGAUCUACGUGAUGUGGAAGAACGUGGGCCGCAGGAUAAAUCCAGGUCACCACCAUGUCGCUCAUAAGCUGACUCUUCAGGUUGUCUGUGAAAGCAGGAUCUUUUACGGCCUCAUAUUUGGAGGCCUGGUCCUCCUAGUGGGCGUCACCAUCUUCAUUCUUUACCAGAUCUUCGUGGAUCUGCCCCACCUACGCCUCACUGCCUUCCUCCUGUUUUAUGGCUACCACUUAGCCAUUAUGCCCCUCAUGUGUCUGUGCUGCCUGGCUGGGAUGCUGGUUCACUGGCUGGAGAGAAGGGCGAGCGAAGGAGAGCACAACCCGACUCGCAGCCUGGAUGUGAUGCUCCUGCUGGCAGCAGCUCUCGGUCAGCUUAUCCUGUCUUACUUCUCUCUGGUGGCAGCCAGCGCUGUAGGGACUGAAGGGCUUUUGGGGGGCCUGGACUUGUCCUACUCUCUCCUCAGCUUGCUGCAGCUCGUCCUGCAGAACAUCUUCAUCAUUAAAGGACUUCACAGACACCCGAGUCGCUUCAACAAGAAGAAAGAGAAGCAGUGGAGCAGCAAAUUCAAGAAAAAGAAGGCUGCUGAUCCGACACAAGAGGAGAGAAAGACAGAAAUCUCACUGCUGGAGGGGAAGACAUCAGACACUGCUAUAGAGCAUGAUGGGAAAAAGCCCUGGAUGAAAACAGCGAUUAAAGAAAUCUGCGUUUUCCUCAUCUUCUCUAACAUCAUGCUGUGGAUCAUCCCGGCGUUUGGAGUCCACCCUCAGUUCGAGAAUGGGAUCGGGAAGCGUUUUUUUGGCUUUAGUGCCUGGUUCGUUCUGGUGAAUCUGGGUCAGCCACUCAGCGUUUUCUACAGGAUGCACUCAGUAGGCGCUCUGAUGGAGCUGUUCCUCAAUGCAUGAUGGGAAACAAUGACUGCAUGACUGUUGAAUUUAGGGAAAAAGACACACAGUAUGGUUGAGUUUAUGGCCGCACCUCCAUACUUCUGGUUGGAGUUUUACAAUUUUUUUGCCUUUUGUUGGAAACUAGCCUACAUGAGAAAAAAGAUCAACUCCUAAACUGUGUUUCAACAUUAUUAUCAUCCUUUUUUGAUUUGAAUGAAAGCCAUGAUGAAAAAAAACUUCCUGAACUAUUUCCUUGUCUCUCAUUCCUGACCCCAGGGGCAGGUUUAAUUAGUUGGAAGCCCCAGGCAACAGCUAAUAUGAGGCCCUACCCCAUUUAGCUAAACCACUGUAUCAUUUUACCACUAUAACUGGAAGUGUGUCUGUUUAUGGAGCUAUUACUGUUGCAAAACUAUCUGUAAAUGUGUACCUUUCUGAUCUCCUCCAUCCAUACACACCAUCCCGCAACCUUUGAUCUUCAGACACUGGCCUACUUUCCAUGCCCAAAACCAAACU